CUUUCUUUGCGCUCGCACUCUCCCUCUUUCUCUCUCUCUCAAACUUUAUAUUUAAAAAUAGUGCAGUGUCAGGCAGCGGAGGGGUCUUGGAACAUGAUGGCAGCACGGAGUUUCUGGAUAUUUUUUGGAGUUGUAACUAUCCUCGGGGGUUUAAUGGUUCAGGUGCAGUGUAAUGAGGAGUCAAAGCUGAUCAGCGACUUGUUCAAAAACUACAACAAGAAUAUUCGCCCUGUGGUUCAUCCUGAAGACAAGGUGGAGGUUCAGAUCAAGCUGACCCUCACUAACCUUAUCUCUCUGAAUGAAAAGGAGGAGACUCUUACAACCAACGUGUGGAUUGAGAUUCAAUGGACUGAUUAUCGCUUUGUUUGGAACACAUCCGACUAUUACGGCAUUGAUAUUAUUCGUGUCCCAUACAACACGGUUUGGCUUCCUGACAUUGUCCUUGAGAACAACAUUGACGGCAAGUUUGAUGUGGCUUACUAUGCCAAUGUGUUGAUCAGCAGCAAUGGUUGGAUGUACUGGCUACCUCCUGCUAUCUAUCGUAGCACUUGUUCCAUUGAGAUCACCUAUUUUCCAUUUGAUUAUCAAAACUGCACACUAGCAUUCAGAUCCCAGACAUACAGUGCCAAUGAAGUGGUACUUAUCUUGGCUGUUGACGAAAUAGGCAAUACUAUUGAGUGGGUGGACAUCGACCCAGAGGCUUUCACAGAGAAUGGUGAGUGGGCUAUUGUCCAUCGUCCAGCCAGGAAGAUGAUCAACACACGGUAUUCCCCAGAUGACCUAGAGUAUCAGGAGAUCACGUUCAAUCUGAUCAUCCAAAGGAAGCCCUUGUUUUACAUAAUCAAUAUCAUCAUGCCAGUCUCCCUCAUCUCCUCAUUGGUCGUAUUGGCCUAUUUCCUACCUGCGCAAGCUGGAGGACAGAAGUUGACUGUAGCCAUCUCUGUCUUGCUGGCUCAGACUGUCUUCCUCUUUCUUAUUGCUCAGAAGGUCCCUGAGACAUCUCUCUCUGUCCCUCUCAUCGGCAAGUACCUGAUCUUUGUCAUGUGUGUCACUACUCUCAUUGCUACUAAUCAAAUUGUGGUGCUGAACUUCUCCCUGCGCAGCCCUAACACUCAUACAAUGUCCUACACCAUCAAACAUGUGUUCCUAGAGAUGGUACCUCGCUUCCUUGGCAUGUCCCCACUGGUGGAUUACAGUGAGGUGACAAAAGAGGUAAACGGAGUGAGGGAGCGUCGGCGAAGCUCCUUUGGCCUCAUGCAGAGAGCAGAGGAAUAUGUACUGAAACAACCUCGCAGUGAAAUGAUGUUUGACAAACAGAGAGAGAGGCAUGGUCUCACACAAUCGAUUGUGGAUAACAUAGACAUCAGCAGCACAGCUAACCUGUAUAAGAGUUUGGCCCAAGCUGCACCUGAAAUAAAGCAAUGUGUCGAUGCCUGCAACUUCAUUGCUGAGAGCACAAGACAACAAAAUAACACUGGAUCUGAAAUCGAAAACUGGGUACUGAUUGGGAAGAUGAUCGACAAGGUGUGUUUCUGGGCUGCCAUUCUUCUCUUCAUCAUCGGCACAGUGGGGAUCUUCCUAACCGGACACUUCAACCAGGUGCCAGAAUUUCCAUUUCCUGGCCAGAGCAAAAAAUAUGUCCCGAGUUAAAGAAAAAAGUCCUUUUGUUCUCUUGAAACUUUCCCAAGGGUCACUGUACCUCAUGCUGUGUAUAAGGCUGAGUGGUCUUGCUCAUUGACUCCCAGGCUCAGAUUCAGGGUUGAGUUAAGUCUGUGAAGCAGGGCUUUAAUAACAGAUAUUUAGCACCAAAUCUGUCUGUGUUCAUAAUCACAGCUCAGACUUAUAUUUGUUAACACUUGUCAUGCAGCUGAGAGUUUUCAUUCAAAUAUGCAGUUUAGUUUUAAGUUCUUCAUCCUAGUGUAAGCUCUUUGGAUGUGUACACUGAAAGGGUGGAUCAGGUCUGGUUAAAGAGUGGUGUUUUAAAUCAUCAUCACCAUCACGAUCAUCAUCAUCAUCAUAAACAUCAUACCAAUUGCAAUUAUUAUUUGUCCGGUUUGUAAAAGACUCAACAGCGUGAGUUCAAGCAAGUUCAGACUUUAGGUCAUAGGUGUAGUUAAUAUAGUUAGAGAAAAUGCUGAAGCCGAUUCACCACCAUGCUGAGAAAGUUAUCUGCAUUGAUGUGAAGAACUUUUUACAUCAAAACUACUAUGUCAUUGUUAUGUAUUAAAUAGAGCAACAGGCACUAUGUAGAACUGUAUUCAUAAAUAGCAAUAUAGAAGGUUCAUUGCCCAUCUUUCAUAUAUGUACCACACUGCAAAAAACAUAUCUACCAAAGUCUAGAUACGUUUCCCUGCAUGUACUAUGUCUUACAUGAAGAACCUGUGUAACAUGAACCAGCCAGCUCUGAAUCAAAGCCUUACUCUCCUUACUAUGACUUAUUUAUUAGAAAGUCUUGUUAGAGGUAGAUGGCUCAGAGGGAUAUUGU